UUCAGAUGAACUUCUACUCGUAAUCAAGAAGUAGCAGUCAUCUCUCCUACCAUCAGUUUGUCUUCUUGUUGGUUCAGAAGAAAUAAAGAAAAGUGUUAGUGUCACUGCAAAAUUUAUUCGUGUUAUAGAGCUGACACAUCAGUCUGCGAUGUUAUUGCUAUGAUUACGGUAUUUCCCCUAUCUUGUUCAUUCUUUCUAUGGAUUUAUCUCUAUGUAUGUUCUGUUCCUGAUGAGAGCAUGGCCUUUAUUGAACUAGUAGGACAGUUCUGCAAUUUCAAGAAUCUCGAUGUCAAAAUUGGCAGUAGAAGAUGAAACGGCUUGUACAGCAGCAAAGAAAUUCACGGACUUAUUCUACGAUGCCGUUGAUCGAAAGCGAAAUAAGAUGAAUUUCUUAUACGCUGAUGGAGCCAUGCUUGUUUGGAAUGGGAACGCCAUACGCGGAGUGGAAAUUAUCGCCAAAUUCUACGAUAGCUUGCCCAGUUCUACUCACACGUUGGAAUCACUAGAUUGCCAGUAUAUCGAUAGUUCUGACCAAGCGCGUCCGCUGGUGGUUCUUGCUGUUGGAAAAGUUGUUCUUGGUCAAAUGACACAUGCCUUUACGCAGACAUUAGUCCUGACACUAGAGGAUGAAAAAUAUAAAAUAUUGAGUGAUCGAUUCCGUUUCAUUGAUUGACAUAUCUCUUUCCUCAAGCUUAUUGUAUUCAUAAGCGGGUUGAAAUGUUCUGUAGAUCUGUUGUCAAUUUUUGUUGAUGCUUGAUUUUUGUUGCAUGUAUAUAGGAGUCUAGAACCAAAAUUUCGAAAUAAAAAACUUAAGUGUUGAUUGGAUUUCAAGAAGCG